AGAUAAAAUAAAUUAUUUUUCAAAAUGUAAUAAAUAAUAAUAUAGGUAGUUAAUAUGUAUUAUGGAUUUUGAUUUAUGAUUCAUUAUUAUUAUUAUUCGUUAAAUUUAUAUAUUAAAAUGAAUUACUUAACACUCGUGAAAAUUAUUUAAUUUAUGGCACUAAUAUUGUGCUUACAUUAAACAUAAUCGUAUUCGAAAUGUCGAGAGCUGGGCAUUUUUUAUUUUCACACUAAUAUAGUAUUUGAUGGCGCAUUCAAAUAAAAUUAAAGCUUUACUAUCUGAUUUGGGCAGAUCAACCAAAAGAGGUGUGAAAAAAUGUCCAUCAUGUGGAACAUACAAUGGAACAAGAACUGUGGUGUGCAAAACGUGUGAUCUGAUGUUAAAACCAAACAAUAAAAGAGUUUCACCAUCUGAAGUGUGUCGUCUACUUACACCUUCUUCGUCAAUGAUUUUUUCUUACAUAUCUUCUGAAAAUAUUGAUUUUGAUGAAAGAGGCUUCAUCCACUUUCCAGAUACUAAAAACAAAGAAAUCAACAAACUGGAUACUGGAAUUUGUUUAGUCCGAUCUUGUGGUGGUCGUUUAUUCGAUAGUAAUAUAAAUAUUCUGAAGUGUCAUGAAAGCGUCUUAAACACGAAUAUUCAAAGUGAACCUUGCAAACAUAUAGAUACUUGUUUUAAUUGUAAUACAAUUGGUGAAUCAUUGCAAAUUGACCAACAGGUUUUAGAAUCUUUUAGAGUUCCUCAAAAUGUAAAACAAGAAGUAUGGACAAAUUUUGUUGAUAAGAAAAAACCAUACUUACAACGUGUAUCAGAAAAUAUAUUUGUUGUCCGAUGCAUAAUUACCACUCAAAACCCUUUGGGCUAUUUGCAUUGUAUCAUCGGAAAAUACAAUAGAUGCUUUUGUUGUACUACUACAUUGGUUACAGUUGAUCAAAUGGAUCAAAUACCAGAUUUAAAUACAUACUUUUGUUGUCAUUACAUUGCAUGUUUAAGUGCUAUAGCAACUUCUCGAUAUAUGGUACAGGAGUUUGAAAAAAAUCUUAAUCCUUUUGUAUCUAUUUCUACAUUGUCAGCAACUAUUGUUCAACUUGACAAUUUGCCAAAUGUUCAGGUUGCAAUGGCAGAAGAAAGUAAUGGACCAGUCACAUUUUUUGAUGAUCAAAUGAUUAUCUCUAAUGAAACGUGCGUCUUAGAAAGCAUUGCUCCUAAAUAUCAAAGAACAGUUCCAAAUAUAUUAUCAAAAAAACGAUCUAAAAAACCUCAAAACACCUCGAGAUUAAAGAAAAAAAGCUGUCACGAAGAACCACAAUUCAUAAAUCCUAAUCCGGUGUUAAAUUUUGAAAAAUGGAUGUCUUCCGUUACAGAACGCAUCAACCAAGAAAUGCAUUAUCAAUUUGAUGGUAAUCCUCCAACCAUGGUGUUUCAUAUUCAUAAGACCUUUUUUGAUUGUUUGCGAGAACGUAUGUGCGUGGCUUCUCAAAAAAAACGUUUACCCAAUUAUACUUCAGUGUUUGUGAAGCGUGACUCAUUACCUUUAGGAACAUUCACAAAGCAUACUUGGCAUAUAACUAAUAUACUCAUAGUGAAGAAAAUUUUUGAAACACCUUUAGUACCUCUUAAUAUUAGUCGCAGUUUCAUCAGAAACAUAGAUGGAACAUACGAUGCUUUUGAGCGUGAAAAGAAUGACUAUAUUAUACCAACAGAUAAAUCUCAUCAACUAAUACAACCAAAUGAUUUGAAGACAUUUCUAAAAGUUGGUAUUGUCAAUGAACAUCAAAAAGAACCAAUACCAUUUAUUAUUGAAUGGAUUCCUGAUGUUCUUCCUAUAACUGAGAUUGGUGAAUUAAGACUGACAUUCAAAUAUGGACAUAUGCCUCCUAAAUAAGACACUCCUUAACAUUAUAUUUUGUUGUGAAUUUUAAAUUAGUUAUAAACACAACUGAAAUAUUUAUAAUAAUAUUAUAUUAAAUGAGAUUAAUUUACUAAUUAUUUAUUCUUAAAAAUAAAAGAGGAGAACACAA